AUGGAAGGGCUAUAUUUUAACAUUGAUAAUGGUUACAUCGAAGGUGUUGUUCGUGGUUAUAGAAAUGGUCUAUUAAACUCAAAUCAAUAUAUCAACUUGACACAAUGUGAUACUUUGGAGGAUUUAAAACUACAAUUAUCAUCAACUGAUUAUGGUAACUUUUUAGCUAAUGUUCCUAGUCCAUUAGCCACUUCAACUAUUCAAGACAAUGCUGCUCAAAAACUAUACUCUGAGUUCAACUAUAUCCGUGACCAGGCAGUACAGCCAUUAUCCAAAUUUAUGGACUAUAUUACAUAUGGUUAUAUGAUUGAUAACGUGGCAUUAAUGAUAACAGGGACUGUCCAUGAUAGAGAUAAAGCUGAAAUUUUGGAUAGAUGUCAUCCAUUAGGUUGGUUUGAUACAUUACCAACUCUAACUGUUGCCACUGAUAUUGAUUCAUUAUAUCAAACAGUUUUGGUGGAUACACCAUUAGCCCCAUAUUUUAAAGAUUGUCUAACUGCCGAAGAUUUAGACGAUUUAAAUAUUGAGAUCAUUAGAAAUAAAUUAUACAAGGCAUAUUUGGAAGAUUUUUAUAAAUUUUGUCUUGAACAACCAGAUCCAGCUUCCACUAUCAUGAAAACUUUAUUAGAAUUUGAAGCUGAUAGACGUUCAAUUAACAUCUCUUUGAACUCUUUUGACUCUGAAUUAUCACCAGAAGAGAAGAAAUCAUUAUUACCUGCAUUUGGUAAAUUAUAUCCAAUGGGUACUGAAGCUUUGGCAAGAGCAGAUGAUGUUGAACAAAUCAGAUCAAUUGUGGAGAAUGUUUAUGAAUAUAAAUCGUUUUUCGAUAACGUUGGUGGUAAAACUUUAGAGGAUCAUUUCUAUAAAUUAGAGAUGGAAUUAUGCAGAGAUGCUUUUACUCAACAAUUUACAAUCAGUACUAUUUGGGCAUGGAUGAAAUCAAAAGAACAAGAAAUUAGAAACAUCACUUGGAUUGCUGAAUGUAUUGCACAAAAUCAAAAAGAUCGUAUAAAUAAUUAUAUCUCUGUCUAUUAA